GCGGCAGCGACGCUGACGUCCCGCGCGCACCCCCUCGCCGCGGCGCCCGGCCCCUCCUCCGCGGCGGCCUCCAUCUUCCCUGGCUGCCCGCGGCGGCGCGUCCGGCGGAGCGGGGCUGAAAGACACACAGAAGUCUUCAUGGAUAUAGUUGAUACAUUUAAUCAUUUAAUUCCUACUGAACACUUAGAUGAUGCCCUAUUUCUAGGAUCCAACCUGGAGAAUGAAGUCUGUGAGGAUUUUAGUGCAAGUCAAAAUGUCUUAGAGGACUCGCUGAAGAACAUGCUCAGCGAUAAGGAUCCUAUGCUAGGAUCUGCGAGUAACCAGUUCUGUUUGCCUGUUUUGGAUAGCAAUGAUCCCAAUUUCCAGAUGCCUUGUUCAACAGUUGUUGGUCUUGACGAUAUUAUGGAUGAAGGAGUUGUUAAAGAAAGUGGCAAUGAUACCAUUGAUGAAGAAGAGUUGAUUUUACCUAACAGGAAUUUGAGGGACAAAGUAGAAGAAAACUCAGUGAGAUCACCAAGAAAAUCACCUCGUUUAAUGGCACAAGAACAAGUAAGAAGUUUGCGACAAAGCACUAUUGCCAAGCGUUCAAAUGCCGCACCAUUAAGUAGCACAAAAAAAGCAUCUGGGAAGACUGUAUCUGCCCCAAAGGCAGGGGUGAGACAACCAGAAAGAUGUCAGGGUAAAGAGGAAGUCUGCGCAUCUCUAAAGCCCGAGUACCAGCGGGAGAACAGAAGGAGCAGCCGGCUUACUGGACAAAUAGAAGUGGUACCAGAGGUAGCAGUGACUUCAGGCCACUCUUCAGCACCGUCUUGCCUUGAAAUGAAGGAUGACGCUGGGUUGGAGUCCAGGCCUGAGUGUAAUAAUCAGGGAGAAGCCCCUGUGCGAUCUGGUGAAUUACAUUGUCCACUUCUUUCAGAGACUUGUGUUCCUAUUGAAGAAAAGAAAACUGAAGCUCUGAUGGAAUGUAAAAUCCAGACUGAUAGCAGCCCGUUGUUUAAGUUUUCAGAUAAGGAGGGAGAUGAACAGAAUGAUUCCAUUUCAGGUAAAAUGGAUGAGACCAUUGAAGAAAAUAUGGUGAAGGAAGAACCUGAACAGGAAUCAAAGGAGAUAGUAAAAUUAUCCCAUGAAGAUGACCAAAUUAUUGAGGAGCCUGAAUCUUCUGCUGGUAUUUCUGGUGAUGUUGCUUGUAUAAAUGCAAACAGCACAGAAAAGAAUCUUGUAGGUUUGUCUGGUUCAGUGGAUGAAGAGACCGAUUGUAAUUUGAAACUGAGUACCAUGGAUGUUGAUAAAGCAGAGAACUCCCUUCUGAGAAAUAAAGUGGAGCCAUUGGGUUACUGUGAAGACACAGAGUCUAGUGAUACACAGUUAAAGAGCACCGAGUUUAAUAAAUCAGUGUUAGAGGUGGUUGGUUCUAAUGCUUUCGAACCAGAAGGUAAUAUUUUAGAAAAUGCUGUUUGUGAUGUGUCUGACCAAAAUUCAGAACAGUUGAACAUUAUUGAAAGUAUUCAAAUGGAGUCUCAGGCGACAGCAAACCUUCAGAAUGACAGAAGCAGCCAGUCAAGUAAUGUUUCCGGUGUAGAAUCAAAAAACAAACCCAAACAUACAAAACCUGUAACUUAUUCUAAGCAAAACAUGACCACAGAUACCCUGAGGAAAAUUGUUGCAGCAAAGCAUGCAGUAGUGCAUAACAAAACUAAUGUCAAAAGUGUGAAACGAAAUGCAGAUGAACCAGAAUCCCAGCAAAAUUUUCAUAGGCCAGUUAAAGUGAGAAAAAAAAUUGAUAAGAAACUAAAAACUCAAAGCUGUAAUUCUGGGGUUAAGGCUGUGAAAAACCAAGCUCAUUUUGUACUCAAGAAAACAUCACAGGAUCAAGAUUUAGUGCAAACCUCCAAGCCUGUAACUCAUUCUCUGAGCGAUAAGCUUGCUCACAGUCACCCUAGUCCUGCACACGUGGGACACUCACUGCACCCCAGCCACAGGCAGGGCCAUAGGCCUCAGCUGCAGGCACCAGCAGCAAGAGUCACCAGUCACGUGAAGGAAGAGCCAGAGUACCCCAUCCUUGAGCAGUGUAGGGAUGAAGAUAAGCUGAGACUAAAAAAACCCGAGAAGAACCUGCAGCCUCGGCAGAGAAGAAGCAGCAGAAGUUUUUCUUUGGAUGAACCGCCAUUGUUCAUUCCAGACAACAUAGCUACUGUAAAAAGAGAAUGUUUGGAUCACAGCUCCGUGUUUGAGAGCAAAUCCAUGUGGGCUCCCAGCAAGCAGUGUGGGUUUUGCAAAAAACCACAUGGCAACAGGUUCAUGGUCGGCUGCGGGCGAUGUGAUGACUGGUUCCAUGGGGACUGUGUCGGGCUCAGUCUUUCCCAGGCUCAGCAGAUGGGCGAGGAGGAUAAAGAGUACGUGUGUGUGAAGUGCUGCAUGGAAGAGGAUAGAAAGACUGAAGUUGUAGACACAGACUUUUUUGAAAAUCAAGGUACAGUUGAAGUUCAUAGUGAAGAUAAAAAAAUGGAAUGCGAAAAGCUCGGAUUAUCAAAGCACAUGACAACAAAUGACAAAACCAAAUGUAUAGAUGAUGCAGUGAAGCACAAGGUCAAAAUUUUAAAACGGGAAUCUCCUGAAGGCAGAAACUCAUCAGACUGUAGAGAUAAUGAAAUUAAAAAAUGGCAGCUAGCUCCUCUUCGAAGGACUGGACAACCAGCUUUACCUCGGAGAUCCUCAGAAGAAAAGAGUGAAAAAAUACCAAAAGAAGCUACAAACAUUAUUUGUACAGCUCCAAAACCAGGCAGUGAGAUUAACAGAAAUUGCACCCAUGAGAAGCAAGAGCCAAAGAAAAAGAAAGCUGAAAAGGGGACACCUGGUGUGCAUCCUGCCGCUGCUCCAACUUCCAAGCCCUCUGCGGAUCAGAUCAGGCAGAGCGUCAGACACUCUCUCAAGGACAUUCUCAUGAAAAGACUUACAGACUCAAAUUUGAAGGUACCAGAGGAAAAGGCAGCAAAAGUUGCCACAAAAAUUGAAAAAGAGCUUUUCUCCUUUUUCCGAGACACAGAUGCUAAAUAUAAGAACAAAUAUAGAAGUUUGAUGUUCAAUCUGAAAGACCCUAAAAACAAUAUAUUAUUUAAAAAAGUAUUGAAAGGAGAAGUAACCCCUGAUCAUCUUAUAAAAAUGAGUCCAGAAGAACUGGCUUCUAAAGAGUUAGCUGCUUGGAGACGCAGAGAAAACAGACAUACCAUAGAGAUGAUUGAGAAAGAGCAGAGAGAAGUGGAAAGACGACCAAUCACAAAAAUAACUCACAAAGGUGAAAUAGAAAUUGAGAGUGAUGCCCCAAUGAAGGAACAGGAAGCAGCCAUGGAAAUUCAGGAGCCUACAGCUAGUAAGUCACUGGAGAAGCCAGAAGGACCUGAAAAACAGAGAGAGGAGAACAGCUCCAUGUCUGCAGACACUACUAGUCAACACCGACAGCAUCUUUUUGAUCUUAACUGCAAAAUCUGCAUAGGUCGAAUGGCACCACCUGUCGAUGAUCUUUCUCCAAAAAAGGUCAAAGUUGUUGUUGGAGUAGCUCGCAAACAUUCAGACAAUGAAGCAGAAAGUAUAGCGGACGCAUUAUCUUCAACUUCAAAUAUUCUGGCAUCUGAAUUCUUUGAAGAAGAGAAACAAGAGUCUCCAAAGUCAACAUUCUCUCCGGCUCCACGCCCAGAGAUGCCUGGAACUGUUGAAGUUGAGUCUACCUUCCUGGCUCGAUUGAACUUCAUCUGGAAAGGUUUUAUCAACAUGCCUUCGGUGGCAAAAUUUGUUACCAAAGCCUACCCAGUGUCUGGCUCAUCUGAGUACUUGACAGAGGACCUACCAGAUAGUAUUCAAGUAGGUGGCAGGAUAUCACCUCAGACAGUCUGGGAUUAUGUGGAAAAAAUAAAAGCAUCGGGAACCAAGGAGAUUUGUGUGGUUCGUUUCACACCAGUAACGGAAGAAGAUCAGAUUUCUUAUACUUUGCUGUUCGCAUACUUCAGUAGCAGAAAGCGCUAUGGAGUAGCUGCUAACAAUAUGAAGCAGGUUAAAGAUCUGUACCUUAUUCCUUUGAGUGCCGCGGAUAAGAUUCCACACCCUCUUGUGCCUUUUGACGGACCUGGGCUUGAACUGCACAGACCUAAUCUGUUGUUGGGCCUGAUCAUCCGUCAGAAGCUGAAGAGGCAGCAUAGUGCUAAUGCUGGUACUGGUCACACAGCAGAGGCUCCUGAAGGUGCAUCGAUUGUCUUGCCCCCUGACAAAAAGACUAAAAUAGAGGCUUCUACAGAGGAAGCACCGGAAGAGGAAAAUGACUUCUUUAAUUCCUUUACGACCAUCUUACAUAAGCAGAGAAAUAAGCCUCAGCAGACUCUUCAGGAAGACUUGCCGACAGCUUCUGAACCUUUCAUGGAAGUCACCAAACAGGAGCCACCUAAACCUUUACGGUUUCUACCUGGAGUGUUAAUCGGCUGGGAAAAUCAGCCUUCUGCUUUGGAAUUAGCAAAUAAACCUCUCCCCGUGGAUGAUAUACUUCAGAGCCUUUUGGGCACCACUGGCCAAGCAUAUGAGCAGUCAGCAGUAGAGCAGAGCACUGUUACAGAAAUCCCAUUUAUAAGUGAAGAAAUAAACCCCAAGGCAGAAAAAGUAGAUAAAGUAGAAGUAACAGAUGGUGAAGCCAAGGAGGUAAAAGUUACAGUAGAUAGUCUUUCGGAACCUGCAGGUCACUCAGGAGUAGGUGGAGAAGAAACCUCACUAGUGGGAUCCUCUUCCAUUUCUCCAGGGCCUUUGACAGGUCUUAGUCUCAGAGGUAAACCACCAGAUGUUUCUACAGAAGCAUUCUUAACAAACCUGUCAAUUCAGUCAAAACAAGAAGAAACUGCAGAGAAUAAAGAGAGAACAUUAAAAAGACAGCUGCUCCAAGAUCAAGAGAAUAAUUUGCAAGAUAAUAGGACUUCAGGUAGUUCUCCAUGCAGGUCUAAUGUAGGAAAAGGAAACACAGAUGGUAAUGUGAAUUGCAAUGAAAAUCUUGUUGCUAAUACAGCAAGGUCUCCACAGUUUAUUAAUCUGAAAAGGGAUCCCAGGCAAGCAGCAGGACGGAGUCAGCAGAUAACUGCUUCAGAAAGCAAAGAUGGAGAUGGUUGCCGAAGUGGAGAAAAGCAGGCCGUCCCUGGUCUAUCGCAGAACAAGGAACAACUGAUAGAACAAAUCAGUGUGGAAGAAAAGCCGUCUUCCACAGAGAAAAACUCAUGUGUUCAGCAGAAUGAUGACUCAAAGCCUGCACAGAACUCACCAUCAGUAGAAACCAUACCUUCUUCCCAAACAGAACAAGCAAAAGCCUUGAAAUCGCAGGAGGACAUUUUAACACAAAACAUUGAAACCGUGCACCCCUUCAGAAGAGGAUUGGUGGCAACAACAUCUCAUUUUGAACUUGGAAGCACAUGCCAAUCAGAAUUCCCUCCUAAAAGCAUCAACUUCACUCCCAGAAGCACCAGCCCCAGAGCAAGUGCAAACUUCUCACCCAUGCGGCCACAGCAGCCCAGCCUCCAGCAUCUCAAGUCCAGCCCUCCAGGGUUCCCAUUUGCAGGGCCUCCUAAUUUCCCCCCACAAAGCAUGUUUGGAUUUCCACCACAUUUGCCACCUCCAUUGCUCCCCCCUCCAGGCUUUGGCUUUCCUCAGGGUCCAGUGGUUCCCUGGCCACCUGUUCAUCUCCCAGGCCAACCACAGCGCAUGAUGGGUCCCCUUUCACAAGCAUCGAGAUAUAUGGGCCCACAAAACUUUUACCAGGUUAAAGACAUUCGGAGACCUGAAAGGCGCCACAGUGACCCUUGGGGUAGGCAGGACCAACCACAACUGGAUCGGCCAUUUAACAGAGGCAAAGGGGAUCGCCAGAGAUUUUACAGCGAUUCACACCAACUGAAAAGAGAGCGACAUGAAAAAGAAUGGGAGCCAGACUCUGAAAGGCACAGGCGCAGAGACAGAAGCCAGGACAAAGACAGAGACAGAAAAAGUAGAGAGGAAGGGCACAAAGAUAAAGACAAGCCACGGUUGCUGCAUGGUGAUCGAGGAGCAGAUGGGAAGGUGGGCCGAGAUAACAGAAGUGUAGAAAAGAAACCAGACAAACCUAAAGGCGAAGAGCACGAAAAAGACAAAGAACGAGAGAAAAGUAAACACAGAGAGGGGGAAAAGGACAGGGAGAGGUAUCACAAAGAUAGGGACCACACUGACAGAGCUAAAAGCAAAAGGUAAAGCAUGCAGGCUGCUGCAGGAUGACAUUUACAUGGCUGCUGGACGCCGUACCUUGCUCAGCCUGCUGUCGAGACCGAGCUGCCUUCCCACCUCGCUGUCGGACUGCAGGACACCAGGCCCUGUCCGCCGCUCACUGUCCCUCCACACUGAAUCUAGUUACAGGAAUUUAAUAUUUUUGAAAGUUUUACAUUGCUGUAUAUUCAAAGAUUUGUUUUAUUAAUAUGCAAUAAAGGCUGAGAAAUUUUAGUUUUUAUUUCUUAAUUGGUAAAUAUGGUUAACUAUGGAAUAUAUGUACUGCCACUAGUGAAUGUCCUUUACAUAAUGACUAAUUUGAGAGUAAUGUGCUCUGUAAGUUUGUUUAAAAUUGCACUGUUUUUAAAGAAACUGUAGGGGAGCAACAAAAAGCUGAGCCCCACUGCAUAAGUAAGUUUUACUAAUCAUUCAGUUGAGCAGUUUUGACCAGGAAUCCGAAGGCCAACAAGUACGUUUUUUACUUUAAAUCUACACCCACUGAAGAAAUUAUUAUACACGACAGCUUGUGGUAGGCCAUUGUUUUCCUUUUCAUUUUUUGGCUCUUCAGAAACUUGAAUACUUAAGCUUGUACAUGAUCUUGUGUUUUGCUAUCCUUUUUACUGUAAAAUGUAAAUAUUUUAAGGGAUAUUUUGAUUCUAAAUAUGAUAAAAGAAUUUCUCAUCUAUUUUGUGUGUGUGGUUUGAAAUUCAGUAGUAAAGUAAUCUGUUCUUGAAAGCUUUAAUUACCUAUAGACAUUGUUUUCUUACUCAGCAGAGAACAUGUGUACACAGCAGUCAUCAGAGGAGGGCAGUCGUUUUUCAACAGAGAUUGGGCGGAGCUAAACUGUAUGCUAGAGGCUAGAAUUGGAGCUGCUGGUGAAAAACUAAACUGCAUCCUGUCUAAUUGGUAUAUUUCUGAAUACUUGUACACUGUAAAAUUUUGUUAUACCGAUUCACCAUUACAAGACCACAGAACUUUUACUUAAGUGAGAUAUGUUUUGAAUCUUUCUGUAAAAUGCCUGUUUAACCCUAAUUGGCUUAUGGGUGGUGGUGGCGAACCUGCAUCAAAAAAAAAGCAGCGAGCUUUUUGUAUCCUUGAAAACUCUGAAAGGCCCACUGUCACUUACAGGGCAACUGUACUGUUGAAUAUGCCAGUUUUACCUGAAAUAGCACGUGGAGGCUAUUGUUAACUCAAAUCUGAACUUAGGCCCUAAAAUACAUACUGUAUUGAUGGCUGUGAUUUAAAGCAAUAGCUAGCAAAUGAUGCUGAGACAAAAAAAAAAAAAAGGAAAGAGCCAGUGUGUUUAACCUGUCUGUACCAAUGAAGAAAAAUGCCAGUACCCACAAAAUUAAGAAGACUGUUUCCCUAAAGCUAAGAAUUACAAUUAAAAAUAGUUUGGCAGCUAAAUUAGCCUUGCAGUUUUCACUGGAGAGGAGAAGAAGUUCAGGAUGAAAUUUAAUUUGCAACAACUUGCAACACUUGGUUUUUUAAAAAAAUUUUAUCUGAAAUUUAUCCUCGUGGGCUGGAGAUUUAGCUCAGUGGUUCUGUUGCCUGCCUCACAAGCACAAGGACCCGAGUUCGAUCCCCGGUACCAAAAAAAAAAAAACCAAAAAACUAACUGGCCUGCCUCAAAAUUUAUCCUCAGGAAAGUUCUAAAAUGGAGGAUUUUUAUUCCAGUAAAGUUGGUUUAACUUCGGCCUUUUUUUUGGGAGAUAAAGUUGUUAGGAGAAAACAAGCCUCCAGCAUCCCCCCACCACACCCACCAAAAAUCUAAGGUGGUCAUUCAUCUUUUGCACCAUUGAGAAAUUGUCAAGAUUUUACAAAUUCAAGAAAAGCAAACUUUUAGGUUUUUUUUAAAAUUUCAAAUGUGGAUUUUGUCAGUAGAUCUUUUACAGGUUUAGUAUUUAUGUUACACCAAAUUUCAAUGGUGCAAGAAAAAACAAUGGGUUAUUAAAUGGAAUAAAGCCUUUAUGUUAGUUUUUGAUCAUAA